AUGUCAAUAAAUAAUUUUAAUAAUACUUUGGACAGUAGAACACAAUUUCGAAGUGAAACUGCCGAUAUAAUUCAAAUACCUCUUUUUAUACUCAUUAUUAUUUUUGCUUUUGUUUAUAUAAUACUAGUUUUAAGUCGGAAAAUCCUUCGAUCCAAUAAAUUUACUUGGUUAACAAUUAAUACAUCUGUCUCAAGUAUAUUAUUUUCAUUUGAACAUUUGUUAUCAAUUAUUAUGUUUUUAAAUAAUUCACCGGAUAUAAAAGUAUCAUGCCGUUUAAAAGCUUUUUUUAUGCAUAUGAGUGCACAUCACGUGAUGUAUGCACAUUGUAUUGCUUCAUUUUGUCGUCUAUUGUCAAUUCAAUAUCUUCAUAAUCCAUUAUUUCGAUCGAGCCGUUGGAUAUUAGGAAAUAUCAUUGUAGGUUGGCUUGUAGGAUUACUAGCUACAUUUCCUUACUUAUUCUUUGAUGAUACUGCAUGCUUAGUUCAUGAUGGUGAAAAAUUUCUUGAAAUAUAUGCCUGUUUCUCUAUAAUAGUUCUACCAAUUACUAUUGUAACUGUAUGUAAUAUUGCAACAAUCCGAUAUGUACGAUUAUCGACUAAACGUAUACAUAAUUUAACUGGCAACAAUAUAAAUCAACUUGGUAAACGAGAGAUGUAUUUAUUUAAAACAAUGUUAUUAACAUUUUGUAUAUAUAUUAUUGGUGCGGCACCAUUUUUUAUCGAACGAGUAUUUGUUAACAAUGAACUUUAUUUGCCUCCAGUUUUGUCAACUAUUUUUCAAGUUUUACAAGCAAUUUCUCUUUUAGCUGAUGUAAUACUACUUAUUUAUUCAGAUCAAUUAGUUCGCAAUAUAAUUAUAAAAACAUUGCAAUACAAUGGAAAAUUUUUAUUUAUUUUUACAUUUUAA